ACCGUGACAACCCUGUGAAACAGCUUAGUUUUGGCGGGAAAACUAUGUACCUUAUCACUUUUUAAUUUUCAUCAUUUUCAGUUCAGCUCAGCUCAACCCAAAACGUUCAACUUUGAUAUAAGUGGUUCAACAUCAAAAAUCAAAAUAUGGUUAUGGAUUUGUGGAUUGAAUUCGUGUAAUUUUUACAUUCCGAUUGAGCUGUUCUGUUCCAAGCUCCAAAUAAACAAUUCCAUUCAUCACAAAGAACGAUUCCGAUCACAAUGAACGACGAGCACAUGACAACAAAUGAACCCCUAGUAUUCUAUCACCAUGUUGGAAAACUUUCGAAGUUGGCUAAAAUGUCAUUGUUAGCUGAGUUAAUGCAGCAUACCCUCACACUCAUACGUCAAAGGUGUCAGAACAAAGAAGGUGGAUCAAAUUCAAAUGUAUAUGCAUAUCAAUGUGAACAUCGUCAGAUUCAACCAGAAUUGCCACUAUCCUUCCAUUCUGGUAUGGAAAAUCUCAACUAUAACAUGCAUAGGUCUAGAGUAAAUUGGUGGACUUAUCAUUACGAAUGUGUUUUCUCGCAUCGUGAAUCUCCCGAUAGUAUGAUCGGUUUACUUCCUCUACUGGUUUGGCUACCCGACGCUUCAAUCAGUUUUGAACAAACUGCUAGAAAGAUGUUAAACAGCGAUGAAUUGACGAACGUUGAGAAAUUCGUGGUCGCAUGUACAUAUUGUUUCAUGGAUGAUGUGAUACGUUUACAGCAGACGUUGACGAAAAAAGAGUUGAAAAAUGCAACCAGCGGCCAUCGUAGGUACGGAGUUCCAUUCCUGGAUUAUUGGCAUAGCAAAUUGUACGAUUUGAUCGAUAAUUUAUACGUAGGUACUUGGCAUAUAAAUCUACUCGUUCGAUCAAUUUCUUCUAAAAAUUAUCACGAUAACUGGCCGGCUGUGAAAUAUUUUUGGGAUCAAUUAGACUAUGUGGAGCGCUUACCUAAAGCUGUUGCCAUAAUCGACGCAGAUAGACCUGUUCUUACGUGGCAUCUAUUGGUUGAACUAUCGAGCUUGGAAUUAGACGUCGUAAUUGAACGAAGAAGUCCUCAAAUAAUACGAACAUUGGUGAAAGAGCUGAAAUACUUCGAGUACAUCAUUUUGAUUUGGAAACGUAUGGUGAAUUUAAUCGACGACCAAGCACUCGCUGAUAUUAUGUGCUUCGUGCAUGAAUUUCAGGAUAUUAGCCGAGGCUGUGUGGAUCCUUUGCUAUGGGAAAUGUGGCUUUGCAUCUCAGAACGCCAAAAGAUGGUUAUUGUUGAUAAACAUAUCUGCGAUUUUAUCCAAACAUCACUCAACAUGGAAUGUGAUUUCUACUACGAACAAAAUUUCCCUCUCAUCAUAGAUUUACUUUCACGUUUCAGUGCCGAACGCCGACUUCAAUACUGGUCGCUACAUUGGCCUUACUUAGUCCCAGGUCAAAUUUUUUUUGGAAACAGAACUUCUAUCGAUCAGAUCAUGAAGCUUUGCCUCGUGAACGACGAAACAAUCGCCGCUUUUAAAUGUACCACAAUGCUCGAUUAUGAUUCGAUAUCAGAUUACUGCCAGCAUCACGUAAGAUAUAGGCGUUUCGAUAUAUUACAGGAAUAUCUGGAAUUUUGUACCUCAGAUCUGCAGGUGAUUCGUAACAUGAAGAAACAAAUUAUAACAAAGAUGCCGAAGCGACGCCAAUUAGAUGUUCUCUUUCCAUUUGUGCCGAGUCACACGAAUGAAUUUAACUCGUUUAUGGAAGGUGUGUUUACUCCGACCGAGUACGAAGAAUUCAUAUAUAAAAUCAUUUCGCAUCCUAAAAAUGUUGAAAGGUUGUGCUCUAAGUUGUGCAUGCUGUAUACAAGUGUUGACGUUGUAUCAAUCAUUGAGAAGCACUUGACAUCUGAAGAACACCUUGCCAAAGUAAAAUUCGAAAUUUUUAAAAUAUGUCGUCGAAGUGAUAAAAUCAAAGAAGCAAAGAUGGUAGAUUUAAUGGCGUGGUGUUUUAACGGAGACAAAAUUCUUGUUGAACAAUUCCACAAAUUGCUACCUCCGGUUAGUGAAACAAAUGAUGAGAUGAAAGGAGUGCCAACAUCCAUCUAUGAAGCUUUUCGUGAUGAAUGGACGUCACAUUGGUAAUGUUGAAAUUCGAAAUUAUGAUUGAACUUAUUCAAGAAGUAUUUUUAUUAGUAAGGUAGGUAUAAGUUGGUAUUUUUUUUUUAUUGUUUCCAUCGCUUAAUUGUUAAUGAUUUGUGUUGUGAUUCAAAUUUUGU